UUGUCCGUCUCUGCUCGCGGUGCCAUUUCUGGCAGAUCUUACUCAGAUAUCUGCAAUGCUUAACAAUAACGCCGAGAUGGAGUGGCAUUUCCUCUCGUUUAUAAAAAUAACGUACCUGUGGUGGACGCGGAAUCGAGAUCCUAACUGAGGCACAUGCCAGUCACGGCCGCCAGGGUGAAGGAGAGCUCGCGCAUGUUCAGAACCCUUCUCAGAAAAGUGUUCACGCUCAGUCGCUACCUCUUCUUCGGCGAGCUAACGUCGGAGCGCCCGCCCUCGACAGCCACAAUGGCGACCUCAGCCUUCGUUAUAGUGAGCACCGUUGUCCUCACCUCUGCCUGCAACUUCGUCCACGCCAUCGCCACAUUAGUUUAUGAUCUGUUCACGGACGACCUAGGGGAUCUCGUCGCUGUCGCCAAGGUGCGGCUUUCACCGGGAAGCAUGCUCUGGGGCCCUAGAACGGCUAGGGUUCUCGAGGACACGAGACUGAAGUACUUGGCCAUGCGGAAGAUAAUACAGGAGCUGAACGACGUCCUCCAGUAUUCGACCUUCGUGACUGUCACCUGCACACUGCUGACACUCUGCACUUGCGCCUACCUCAUAUCUGAGACGGAGUCCUCAUGGGGAAAGCUGGUGUUCACGGCAAGCUACGCAGUAGCCAGCAGCUUGGAACUUGUCCACAUCACAGUUUCCAUGUCGCAGCUCAAAGAGCAGGCUUCGCGAUUGUCUCUUGUGUUGGAAGCGCCCCCGAUAUCGCAACUCCCGAAAUCUGUGGUGCAACAGGUGCAGUUGUUCAAAGAAUCUCUGGACAUUCAACUUUUUUGUGCCAGUGGACUUGGAUUUUUCACCGUUGAUAAACCGCUGUUGGUUUCGGUGAGGAUGUCUUCUUCCCUUCAGUUUUAG